AUGAAGCCAGAGGAAUCUGUAGACAAUAGCAGAGUCGAAACCAGCCACGACGCAAUGGUUGAAUCAACAACAUCAAUAUCUUCACCAGCUAGGGUUAGAAAAAAGAGUAACAAGAUUUUAGAUGACCAAACCACAAUAUCAGAUUUGCUUCCGAGUGAUAUCCUUAUGGACAUAUUAAAACUGUUACCAGCUAAAACCCUAGUUAGGUUCCUCUCCGUAUCAAAGCUUUGGUCAUCAAUCCUCCGCCGCCAAGAUUUCAAGAAACUGUUCCUCACCGAGUCUUCGAAGCAACCUCAACGUCUUUUCUUUAUCCCGUCGCAAGACGAAGACAAAGUUAAAGAUUGUGUCCUUUUCUCUCUUGAAACCCAUGAUUCAGGUGAAGCCUUAAUAGCUGCACUACACCAUAAAACAAAUCUUGCAUAUCCUUACACAAACAACACUUCCCAUGUUCGCGAUUUGGUUUGCUUUGGAACUAAUUUUGCUUCCGACGAACUUGUAGUACACAACACCAGCACAAGAAGAUCAAUCACAUUGCCUAAACUUGACUCUCAAAGUUUUUAUGUUGUUAAACAGUUCUUGAGUUAUGAUCCUAUCGAUGACGUUUACAAAGUCUUGUGUAUGACUAGACGAAGGGUAACAGCAGAAGGGAGCGAAACUUUCCAGGUUUUGACGUUGGGAAAUGAGAAUUCAUGGAGGAUGAUUGAAGGUGCAUGGCAUACUUAUACACCUACGAGUUACGGUAUAUGUAUCGAUGGUGUUUUAUAUUAUCAAGUCUCUACUGACAAGGAAACGAGGUAUAGUAUUUCCUUUGUGAGUUUUGAUGUUAAGUCCGAACAAUUUAAUCUUAUAAACAGACCCGGCGAUGGUGGAUAUCUAGGUUUAACCAUUAUGAUGAGAUACGAAGGGAAGCUAGGUAUCAUAUCCACAUACAUGAAUAUUAAAGAUAGUUUAGUUUUUUGGGUUUUAGAGGAUGCAAUGAAACAUGAAUGGUUGAAAAAGGUUAUUGAUUUUACUGAUCCGUGGCCAUUACAUCAGAAAUAUCGUUUUGUUGACUUCAAUGAUGAUGCGGGUGAGUUUGUUUUGGCACCGUGUUCUUGGUGUGAACCACCAUAUUACGUUUACUAUUAUGAUCCUAAAACGAAUAUUUUGAGAAAAGUUCCGAUCACAGGAUAUGAACGGCAACCUAAUUUCCCGACCUAUCUCUUCACUCGUCAGGUCGAGAGUUUAAUGUUUCUGUAA